AUGCAUACAGUGCCAAGUAGAUGUCCUUUUUCCGGCUGUGAUAAAAGCGUUGAUGUUGAUGAGGGUUCCAGACGAAAUUCUGUAUCUUCUCAAACAAGUGGGACCUCGACUCUAGUUGACGAAUUUACCCGUAAUAUUGAGAUUAAUUUUUCCGGAACAACAUCCCAGGGUCAACCAAUGGAUCUGGAUGAAAAUGAAGAAACAGAUUAUCAACAUAAGCCAGCUGAAGAAUCACCUGAUUCUGCCAAUAAAAAACGGGUUAAUGAAGAUACGGAUAAAUCGACUGAAAAAUCUUUCAGUAAGAAAGUUAAGAAAGUGAUUAAGGAAGAGGACUCUAUCGUAUUAAAAAGGCUUAUCCGGGAGUUAUCUUCUGAUACCACUCGAAUUUCUGAAAUUCGGGAAAAGAAAGGACUCCAUAGAGAAUCAGUACAAGAAGUCCUAAGAAACUAUUACUACUUUGAAGAGGAAAUAGAAAAACGCCUUACCGACUAUAAACAAACUAUGGAAGAGCAUGAGGCCCAGAAGGUCAAUGAUGAGGUCAGAGAUCAACUUCCAAAAGAGGUUACCAAACAUGCACUCCGAAAGAAAAUGGAAAGAGCCAGAAAG